UUAUAUUCGUCUUCGCACUAUAUUGUUUAAACAAAUGCUGAGAAGAGGAGGUCACCAGCUAGCUAGCAGCAGCGCGCCGGAGCAGGCGUUCACAGCUACGCGCGGUGGCGUCCGCGCACCUCCAUAUAUCACAACUGCAUGCUUGUUGGAUUGAUUUGAGUGCGCCGUCACCAAACGAAGAUCUGGUAACAUGGACCUUGCCACUGGGGCGAUGAACACCCUGCUCCCCAAGCUUGCGGAGCUGGUGGUGGGCGAAUAUAAGCUGCACAAGGGUGUCAAGGGAGAGAUCAAGGAACUCGAGAAAGAGCUGACAUAUAUAAGUGCAGCCCUCCGCAAGGUAUCUGAGGUGCCAGUACACCAGCUUGAUGAGCAGGUCAAGAUCUGGGCACGUGACGCGAGGGAGCUAUCCUAUGACAUUGAAGAUGUUGUUGACACCUUCAUGCUUCGUGGCAAGGGCCGCGAGCAAGAAGGCCAAGGCGCUUUCAGCCUCAAGAGGCUCUUUGGUAAGGCCACUGAUUUGUACAAGGAGGCCAAGACUAACCAUCAGAUCCACAAUGUUAUCAAAGACAUCAUGGACCAGGUCAAGAAGGUCAGCGAGCGCCGUGAUAGGUACAAGGUUGACAACAUUGCUGCCGGACCAAGUUUGGUGUCUGAUGUUGAUCCUCGCCUAGAAGCUAUGUACAGGAAGGCAACAGAGAUUGUUGGAAUUGAUGGGCAAAAGAAUGAGCUAAUCAGAACGCUUAUGAAUGAGGACAGCUCAUCGUCGCCGCAACAAAAGAUAAUUUCUAUUGUUGGAUUUGGAGGCCUCGGGAAGACAACUCUUGCAAAUGCAUUGCUUCAGGACCUUAAGGCAAAAUUUGAUUGCCACUUUUUUGUCUCCGUAUCCUUUAAUCCUGAUAUAAAGAAGAUUUUCAAGAACAUUCUUGUCCAACUAGAUGAGAAUAAGUAUGGCCACAUAGAUGAAGCAUGGGAAAUAAAUCUUCUCAUCAACAAAAUUAUAGAUUUCCUCAAGAAUAGAAGGUGCUUGUGUGUGAUUGAUGAUUUAUGGAAAGAAUUGCCGUGGGAUACAAUCAAACUUGCUUUGCAGGAUGGUAAUCGUGGAAGCAAGAUAAUCGUAACCACUCGCAAUAAGUCUGUCGCAGAAUAUGUUGGCGGUGGUAUUUAUGAACUAAACCCUCUUUCUAAUGGUGACUCGAGAGAGCUGUUCUACAAACGGAUAUUUAAAUCUGCCGAUGAUUGUCCUCCUGAUUUGAGCAAAGUUACUGGAAAAAUCUUAAAGAAAUGUGGUUGUGUACCAUUAGCCAUUAUUACUAUAGCAAGCUUACUAGCUACUAAACCGAGGUGUUUAGUUGAAUGGGAGAAGGUGAAUAAUUCUAUUGGUUCUAGAUCUGAAAAUAGCCCCUAUAUGGAUAAGUUGAACACGAUAUUAAGCCUCAGUUACAAUGAUCUGCCUUUCCAUUUGAAGACUUGCUUGUUGUCUCUAAGCAAAUAUCCCGAGGACCAGGUGAUUAGAAAGGAUGUUUUGGUAUGGAGCUGGAUAGCAGAGGGCUUCAUUAUACCUGCAGGGUCAAGCUUGCAGGAGACAGGAGAGGGUUACUUCAAUGAGCUUAUUAAUAGAGGCUUGAUACAGCCCGUGAACCUCUGGAGUCCCUUUGAUGUGUUUGGAGAGACGGAGGUGUAUGCUUGCCAAUUACAUGACAUGGUGCUUGAGUUUAUUAUCAAGUUGUCAGCUGAAGAAGGCUUUGGUACCACUUUGUUGUCAGAUGGUGAACAAGCAGGUGCAUCUUCGUUGCAUCAGAGGGAGAUCACCCGGCGGUUGUCCCUCCACAAUAGCAGUACCACCAAUGCCCCAAUAAAUGAAAGAAAAGAGCUGUUCAAAGUGAGGUCACUUGAUGUCUUUGGCCAUGCAGAUUUAAUGAUGUUGGCCCUGUCAAGAUUUCGCGUUCUACGUGUACUGCAGCUAGAGGACUGUUCUCGACUGGAUAACAAUCAUCUGAAGGAUCUCUGCAAGUUGUACCUUCUGAAGUUUCUGCGGCUACAGGAUUUGAAUGUCACCGAGCUCCCCGAGAGUAUUGGCAAAUGGCAAGCUAGAGUCACUGGAGACAUUGGACAUUAGAGGUAGUGAGCCAGAGACAAUAAUGUUACCACUGUCUUUUGGUAAACUAGGAAAACUGGUCCGGCUACUUGCUGAUGGGGUGGAACUGCCGGAUGGUGUAGCUUUGGAGAAUAUGAAAUCUCUACAAGAGCUAGUAGGCGUGAGGAAUGAGCAGUACUCACUCCUUACUGUGA